AUGACCGGCCCAUUGUGUGAAAAAGAAAAGAACAGGCUGGCACUCCAUGAAAGCGGACAUUGUUACGUCGCUUUCUUGUUGGAAUUUGAUGUGACAAAGGUGACUUUGAAAGAAGAGAAAACCUUACUUGGCCACACGCUUCUCAACUUUGGUACUAAGCAGGCGUGGACAAAUACAGAUAAGGAAAACUUAAUGAUGGCCAUUUUGGGAGGUUAUGUGAGUGAAAUGUUCUUCUUGGGCCAGCCUUCUUCGUUAUCGAGUGGAGAUUUGGUCAGAUUGAGAGCAGUAGUUAUUUCCAAGAUAGCCUUAGCAUUGAAAGGAAAUGUUGGUUUUGCUGAUGGUUUGGAUGAUCAUGCUGAGAAUUUCAAAAACCGCUUUGACGCUAAAAUUUGCAAAAACGUUAAUGACUGUGCCGAUCGAAUUAAAAAUUUUCUAGAAUUAUUUCGUCAUAAAAUAAAAUGGAACUUUACGAUUUUUUAA